AUGGCUUUUCACGGUUCUCCUCCGAGUCCCACUCUUCCGGCUGACAUUGAAAGUGUCGAGAUCGAGAAAGAGGAGAAACAGCCAUCAAUCCACCACUACGAGGACGUUGGAAGCGCCAAUAGCUCUGUUUAUGUGGUAGACCCUGAUGCCGAAAGAAGACUGGUACGAAGACUAGACCUGCGCAUUGUUCCGGCAUCCAUGUUUCUCUACUUCCUGUGCUGUAUCGAUAGGUUCAACAUUGGCAACGCUAAAAUCCUUAACAACGAUGCUGGCGACUCCCUCGCACAAUUCCUCCGUCUAACAGAUCAUCAAUAUCUCAUCGCGCUCAUGAUAUUCUUCAUCUCAUACGCUAUAUUCGAGACGCCCUCAAACUACAUGCUCAAGAAGUACAGGCCUAGCCGGUGGCUCGCCUUCCUCAUGUUCGGAUGGGGUGCGAUGACUAUGAUCACCGCAGCCUGCCGGAAUUAUGCAUCACUCCUCGUCCUCCGCUUUCUCUUAGGUGCAUUCGAAGCAGGGCUGUUCCCCGGGAUCGUCUACUUCCUCACCUUCUGGUACAAGCCUAACGAGCGUGCCCUCCGCAUCGCGCUCAUCGUCGCCUGUGCCACACUCGGCGGUGCAUUCGGCGGCACCAUCGCAUACGGAGUAGGUCUCAUCAACGGACUGGCGGGCCUGCAGGCCUGGCGCUGGCUAUUCAUCUUCGAAGGCGCGCCCUCCUGCCUCUGCGCGGUCGUCGUCUACUUCUCCUUCCCGGACUUCCCUGAGACGGUCUCCUGGCUCUCCUCCGCGGAGCGCGAGCUGGCCACCGAGCGCAUCAAGGGCAUCGCGUCCCUCGGGCAUGACAAGCUGACCUGGCCCCAGGCGCGGGAGACACUUAGAGACUGGCGCCUGUACGCCCACUACCUCCUCUUCGUCGCGUUUUCUGUGGGUUACGCGAGCAUGACGCAGUUCGCGCCGACGAUCGUGCAGGAACUGGGAUACGCGGGCCUCCGGGCGCAGCUCUUCACGGUGCCCCCGUACGCAAUCGGCUUCGUUGUAUGUGUCUGCGUCGCUUGGGCGGCAGACAAGUAUGAGAAGCGAGCUCUGGGCGCCGCGGGCUCGUUCCUGAUAUGCGGUAUCAUGUUCCUCGUCGAAGCGUCACUACCGUCGACCGCACUCGCAGCGCGCUAUGGCGUGUUGUGUGUCGCGCUGCCGUUCGCGUUCGCCAUCUCCGCGCCAAGCCUCAGCUGGCUCACUGGGAAUUUACGCAGCACCGGCGCGUCGACGCUCGCCGUGCCGUUGAACGUGUCCAUUGCGUCCAUCGGCCAGAUCACCGGGACGUUCAUCUACAAGGCUUCCGAGGCGCCGGCGUUCCCCACUGGCCACUACACCAACGCCGGUUUCAUGUUCUUCGGGGCCCUGCUCGCGCUGGGAUUACGGGCUUUUUACAUCCGGAAGAAUCGUGGCCUCCUCCCGGGCGAGCCGAGAUGGCGUUUAUGA